AUGCGCCGCUGCCCGUGGGGAUGUGUCAUAGCUGCUGUGCCCCUCGUCGUCCUGAGCUUCCUCCUCCAAGAGAACGAGGAAGAGCAUCUCACGGAGAACCCAUCGUUGGAGGAAAAGAAGAAAACGCUGUGGCGGCUCAAUCAGGAGCAACUCGGCUCUGAGAGCAGGGACCACCUGGCGGCCUUCAGGGACAUGCGGGAAGCUGCCCCUGUCCUCCAGGAGGCCACCUACCGGCUCCUGGCUGGAUCCCCUCCGCAGGGAAGGAGGCUGCUGGCGGCCGGCAUCGCCUCGGAGUGGGGCCCGCGCGGGACCUACCUGCUGGACACCCUGCGGUCCCUUUUCCAAGCCUCGUCAGAAGCCGAGCUGGACCACGUGCUGGUGCUGGUGCACCUGUCGGGGGGUGACCCCGCGUGGCUCGGCCAGACGGCUGCCAACAUCUCGGGGCUCUUCGGGCGCCACAUUGAAGCCGGGAGGCUGCUGGUGAUCGGCGGUGGCCUCGCGGGGGCCCCGGGCCCGGGACACCCGGGCUCCCCGAGUCGCGGCUCGGCCUGCGGGGCGCGGCGGGCCGGGCGCAGGGCCAGCUACGCGCUCCUCAUGAACUUCGCUCGCAACCUGUCCGAAUACUUUCUGGUGAUGGGAGAUCGCGUUCGCUGCAGCCCCGAAUUCAUUUCCAGCGUCUCCCGGGUCCUGUGGGCCUGGAGAGCGCUUCCCUGGGCCGUCCUGGAGUUCUCGGGCCUGCGCCUCUCGGGGAAGGUCGUGCGCGCCGGGGACCUGGGCCGCCUGGCCUCCCUUCUCCUGUUCCCCGCCGACCUUCCCAUUCCCUCGCUCCUCUCCGAGUUCCGCCUUCUCCUGGCCCAGGACGCCCCGAUCCGCUUCAACCCGGCUGUCUUCCACGGCUUGGGCCGGGGCCCGGCGGCCGGGGACCCCUGCGCGGCCCCGGAGGAGGAGGAGGAGGAGGAGGCGUCCGGGGAGCCCGACAACCCGGCCGCCACCGUCCUCAGCGACAUGAUGGCCGCGGGGAGCGCCCCGCCCCAGGUGGCCUACGUCCUGAACAAGGAGUGCUACUCCGCGCUCAGCCCCGUGCGGGGCAACUACCUGGCCGUGGCCUGGGACAGGCCGCAGAGGGUGGCCCGCGUGGCGGUGCUGACGGGCUCCGAGCCGCACGGGCUGCACCUGCUGCGCCAGGGCCGCGUGGAGCUGGGCCUCGGGCCGCCAGUCGCGGGCCACUGCGGCCGCCACUCCCUGCUGGGCCCGCUGGUGGCCGGGCGCCUGGACCAGGCCGUGUUCUCCGAGGCGCCCCUGAGCUGCCUGCGGCUGCUCGUGCUGGCGCCCCAGGAGCCCUGGCUGCUGGUCAGGCAGAUCAGGGUCUGGACGCGGCCCGAGGAGGCGGACGCCGAGCCCGCGGCCUCCGGGGAGGACGCCGGGCCCACCCCAACCCGCUCGGCCGCCCGCCAAUAA